UGAGAUAUAAAUACAGCCCUAUACCAAGGAACUGUAACAUGUAUUGAUAAGGACGUCAGAUGUCUAGCGGCGCACAGACUAGGAACCUCUCUGUCUCUAGCCCUACUGAAAAUCACCCCAAAAUAACACAAACUUUCAUGUCCCUCACUGAUGUAACAGAUCACAAUGCAUUCCAGAUACACCUUCUCUCUUGUCAUCUAGUGCAGACAUCAACGUUUACAAGACAUUUUAAAUUUCAUUUGUCAUCCUCAACUGGAAUUGAAGUGUACAAGUUAACUGUGCCUUCAGUUUUGCUCUGUGACUGCUUCCCUCUGGGGGUACUGAUCUCUGUGAAGCUUUUUGAUCCGCGUUGUUGAGGAGGACUGGAUGCUACGCUUGGUUUGUUACCUCUGGAGUCAGUUACCUGUAGUGGCCAACAGAGCGUGGUGGGAUGAGUCAUCACAACAGUGCAGUCAACAUCACUCAGACGACAUCAUCUAACUCCCGCAAAAAUUACGUGCUUCCAGAGAAAUUCUUACAUUUUAUGUUCUGUGCUUAUAAGGAUGCUAGUACUAUCUCUGGAUAUAAAUAUAUCUCCUUGAAUGACCAUGUUUUUCUAGAAGUUCUUGAUGCUGCAGUUUCAUUGAUUUUUAAGCAAUUCAACAGUGCACACAAUGUAUGAAGUAAAAAGCAUUAAAUUGGCAACAUUUGUAUGGACAUUGUAAUUUUUUUCUUGGAAUUAGCACUAUUACAAUGAGGGAUAUAAUUUUUAUUGGACCAGUGUCACAACUUUGUGUCUUAGUUUGCAUUGCUCAUUUUUGGAAAUUGGGUCAUUGUGUUGCAAGGAUCAAGGAUUAAAACAUAUGAUGCAGACCAAAACCUAACUUCCUGUUGAUAACUUUUUUUAUUACCAUGGCAACAGGGAAAAGAGAUGUACAUACAGUGAAGUCCAAGUCUUCAAAAUCUAAGAAAGCUGGAGGGAUACAAGCAUCAAAAGUGGAGCAUGACAUUGAUGAAUUCCUAGAGAAUUUUCGACGGAAGAGUUCCACCUUGGACCAGCCGCUGAGUUCCGACAUUCAGGACACCCUGGGACUUCCCCCGCGGAGUUACAGCUCGUCCCAGUGUUCCACGGAUGAGUGCACGGACGAGAGCCCAGACCGGUCGUAUUUCCCGCCUCCUUCGAUGUUCACAAAGGGUCACCAUCGCCAACACAGCAGCACCACAAGCGAGUCAGAGUGGGGACCGGACUAUGAUGAAGAAAUAUCUAAAGAGGAGAUGAUUGAGAAACUCAAUGCUCGAGUACAGCACUCAAAACAGGCCAAAAAGGCUGAGCAAGAGAGUGACUUGAUGGAAGAACAAGAAUGUCCCUACAGUGUACUAGAUGUAGCCUCCCUCAUACAAUCUCGAUAUGCAUAUAUCACAGGUGGAAAAGCAAAGAAUGGUGCCUUGAUUUUGACAUUUCCAGAAAAUCUUCAGCAUCCACAGAUACCUGACGAGGAGUACCGAAAGCUUGUCAACUUCCUGUGCUGUGUUCCUACGUUGGCUGAAUCUGAGCAGGGUUUUGUGAUUGUGUUAGACAGAAGACAAGCAAGCUGGAAUGAUGUCAGGGCACUCUUACUCAAAAUGUCGGAAUUUUUCCCAAAACACAUACAGGUUGUGUUCUUGCUUCAACCAAAGGGAUUCUUCCAAAGAGCAUUCGCUGACAUGAAAUCCAAGUUUGUCAAAGAGGAAUUAGAAUUUAAGGUUGUGUUAUGUAAUGAGCCCAGUGAGAUGUUAGACUACAUCAGUGAGGACCAAUUAACCAGCGAUGUGGGGGGUAAACUCGAGUUUGACGCCAAUGAGUGGACUCAGCACAAAUCUGCUGUAGAGAAGUUUGCCUCUAACACGGAGAAGAUGGGGACAGCGGUACAGGUCUUGGUCAAGAAGUACGAGGAGAUCGAGAUUCCUAACGAUGUCCCGGGGAUGGAGAAACUGAUACAGGAUCACAUCCAGGGGCGUAAGGAAAUCCUCGAUGACCUAGCCUCCACCGUCACCCACGGAGAAACGCUGCUCAGUUGUAUCAGGGGGGAUAACUCAGAAAUCCACUUCACUCAGGCUACACACGUUAGAAGUCUAGAGAAACUUCUGAUAAAACUUGAGGAGAUUAAGAAAGAGUUUGAAGGAUUCUGGGCUCGACACGAGAAGAGACUUAAACAGGCACUGCUUCUACGGCAGUUUGAGGAGGAAUUUAAAUUAUACCAGUAUAAUGUAGAACGUAAGCUGGAAUGGCUACAGACCAGAAUGUCCCAGUUAGGAGACUCACUGGACAAGGUCGAGGAACUCUUCCAGGAAUUCGAGGAGUUUGAGACUGAAGCUCAGAAGGAUUUGGAGCAGGCUGACAGAAUGCGAGGGACUGGGGACCAGCUAAUUACCCAGGACAGCUACGCGGUGGACUCGAUCCGCCCUAAGUGUAUUGAGCUCCAGCGAAUGUGUGACCAGUACAAGUCACUACUGAGGAGACGCAGGGAGAUGCUCAAUAAGUCACAUGAUCUCCAGGAUAGAAUCGAUAAGGCCAAUAAAUGGUGCAAUAAGGGGGUAGAGCUGUUGUCAAACCUUCCACCUGAGCAUUGUCAGUCAGCGGAGGACACACGGUCUGCCAUUGAAGACAUAGAGAACUUCAUGACCACCUCCAAUCAGCUCAGGCUGAACAAUCCCAAGGAGUUCCGACAACUGUUUGAGAGCAUGAUUACUCCCGAAACCAGGACGGUAGUUCAAAAGGUUUUAAAGAAAAUGGAGGAUGUGAAGACAAUGUGUGAGAAGAGACGACACAACUUCCAGGCUAACAUUCAUAACCGUCAGCCCUCUGUCUCUGGACCAAUCAGAGCCGUACAUCCCGUGACAGACAGGAGUUCUGCUGACCGCCCGGAACGCUUACCCAAAGUCCCAAACGAAGCCAACAAACACAUAGAUAUAUACAACAAGUCAGCAAGGAUACGGACAGACGUGCCGCCCCGCACCUCUCAGCAUACGGCCCCCAGUGUCAGUAACAUCUCGGACACAGGAAGUGAGAAAACGCGCAGCUCGCUGUCUUCCAUGUCAUUAGGAUCAUCAAUAUCUGAUAUCGACACAUUACUGGCAAAGCGCAGGCAUGUAUUGAAUGAAUUGAUUGAAUCAGAGAAAACCUACGUCUCACAGUUGGCAGAUAUUGUACAUGGUUAUGAACGUAAGCUGGAUGACCCAGAAAUGAGACACUUGAUACCCGAUGCUCUCAGGGGCAGAAAAGAAAUCCUGUUUGGGAAUUUAGAACAAAUCUACAGGUUCCAUAAAGAUAAAUUUCUCCAUGAAUUAGAGGACUGCCAUGAUGCCCCAGCUAAAGUGGGACAAUGUUUUACAAACAGAAAGGAAGAGUUCCACCUGUACAGUGUGUACUGUCAGAAUAAGACUCGGUCUGAGACUCUCAGGAACCAGGUCGGGGAUCAGAAUCCCUUCUUCCUGGAGUGCCAGAGACGACUUGGACACAAACUUCCCCUGGGAGCUUAUCUACUGAAACCCGUUCAGAGAAUCACCAAAUAUCAACUGUUACUCAAGGAGAUGUUACGGUUCAGUGACCACGACCAGACCUGUGAGGCCCACCUACAGGAGGCCCUGGAUUGUAUGUUGGAGGUCGUCCGCUACGUCAACGACAGCAUGCACCAAGUGUCCAUUGUAGGAUUCCCUGGUAAUCUUUCUGAACAAGGAAAGCUGAUCAUGCAGGGAAGUUUUCAGAUGUCGACGGAACACAAGGGUAAAAUUAAAGACCUGAGAUUUAAACCAAUGCAGCGACACAUGUUCCUUCACCAGAAGUCGAUUCUCCUAUGUAAACAAAAGGAAGACACAAACAGCAGUGACAAGGUCGUCUACAGCUUCAAAAACCUCCUCAAGUUAUCUCAGGUUGGAUUGACAGAGAAUGUAAAGGGAGAUAAGCGGAAGUUUGAGUUAUGGCUUCGUGGGAGAGAGGAGGUCUAUAUCAUUCAGGCUCCCAGUUUGGCUGUGAAAGAAAUGUGGGUCAAAGAAAUCAAAAGAGUGUUAAUGAACCAGUUUGAUGAAAUCAAAGCUGUGAAUCACAUGCAUAAUACUAGUAAUAAUUACCGAGUCCCUGAUCAGGAACCAACCAAUGGACACAGUUCUCGCAGAUAUGUAGAUAAUUGGAGGACCCACAACCACAUGAUAUUUAACAACAUUUCCACUGUACCCCAGGGGCUGGAAAUGAUGUCUCCUGAGUCCCCACCCCGGGGCACAAAGGAGGAGGAGGGUGGGUGGGAUACUGAUGAUUUUUCUGAUGGAGAGGAGGCAACGUCUCAUCAAACCUACUCACCACCUGUACAAAAACAGCCAGUCUACAUGCAGCAUUUUCGUUCCCUUGGAAACUACACUGCCAGUGACCCUACAGAGUUGACCUUGUUGGAGGGCGAUGUAGUCAAGGUCAUCAAGACGGCCUCCACUGGGUGGUGGUUUGCCCAGCACACGAUCACACAGCAAGAGGGAUGGGUCCCCUCCACCUACAUGGAACCACUCACCGACAACUCCCUCUCUAGUAUCAAUUCCAGUCCUCACGACUAUAAAUCCAGCUUAACCAGUGUGUAUACCGCUAGCCCUGUGGACGAAUCGACUGUAUAGCCAGAGUUAUUCCCCUUUACAUUAUUGAAAAUUGCUGUGAAAUCCUCCUCAGCUUCUAAAUCUUGGAAACUUCUGACAUCGUUAUCUGGUGAUGAAAAAGACUUCAGUUGGAUUUAUUUAUAAUUUAAAUCUACCUGAAGGGCAGUAAACACAAUCCCCACACCUAUGAGUGAUUUUAACCACGUGAAAAAAUUGAAAUAAAUUUAAAUGACAGACUGAAAGCCAUAAAAUUUGUAUUCUUUGGAGAUGUGGUGUAAAGUAAUGAAGGUAAUCUGAUAGACUUACCUGAAGAACUCGUAAGUGACAAAGUCUUAUUAUGUGAUUCAAAAGCAGGUGUUCGUGGCCUUGGGAUCCAAGCUUUGUUGAAAUGACAUUGAAAUUUCAUUCUUAUGAGUUGAAGGUCAAAGAAUGAGAGCGACAUAAUGGGGUCAACUUCCCAAAGUACAGAACACGGAGACCAAAUUGUCAGUUCCACUGGAGGCUAUGUUACUAUAGGACCUCCUGUCUUUCUAGUCGUACUUUUGUUUUUGUUUGCAAUAAUCUCAUGCCUUGUUUCAUGUUUACAUUCCACGUAUUAACUACGCUCUAGAUGUUUUACAACAUUCCGGAAUGCAUUUAUUUAUAGAAUUUUACCAAAUGUAUUCACAGUUUUUAUUUAACCUCAGAUGUUCAUUUUAUAUUGUUCACUGUUAAUGCUUUUAUAAAAUUGUAGAUGGCAAACAAUUUUGUUAAUUGGUUCAUGUUCUUUAAGCACCCCGGAUAUGAAAAAUAAACUGAGAAGAAAUACAUGUAGGAAUAUUAAAAUCAUUGUUCCAAGAUACCAUUUUGAAAAACUUUUAUAUUUUGUAUGCAUUCCAACUCAUAUUUUCAAUCAAAUACAUGUAUAUUUUAAAUUCAGUGAUGCAUAUAGGACUUGUAUCAAUAGCUUCAUCCUGUGUUAACAAGCUACUGUAUGUCACUAUGCAUCUUUCUCUCUGCUGUUUUCUGUGAUAACUACAAGACCAAGUGCUGGUUGUAGCCCAUGUAGAAUGUACUGUACAAGGGAAAACCUGACUUUUACAAAGAUAAGGAUGAACAGCCAAAGAAUUUGGUUGAACAGUAUUUAAAUAAAAAGCAGACAGUGCCAUGCAUCUUAAAUGAAAGGUUGUUAGUAAAAUUUUUGUGAUCUUGAAAUUUAUUAAAUUUAUUUUUACAGGCACCUGUUCUUGUUUUUUACUGGCUGAAAUUUUUUGUUGUAAAAAUUGGUUGCUGCAGCUCUGUUUAUAUAAUAUUAUAUAUUGUUGCUAUGAGAUAGUUUCACAUUUUAUUACCAUUUAUCCUGUUAAAAAUUGUACAAGUUACAAAUAAAUGUUAAGAUUUUGGAGUAAAAACUUUAUUAGACAUUAAAUGGCUGUGACUAUUUUUUAAACUUAAUAGUGACAUUUAAAAUAGAAUUGUGUCUUCUUACUGUUUGCUUGAAUUUCAUGCAUUCCAGCAAUUACUAUUUUACCAAAAUAUUAUGUAUAUGUAUGUAGACCAUGUUAUUUAUUACAUUGUUCCUGUUUUAAUGAUAUAUAUAUAUAGUUUAUACAUGUAUAUGUCAGUUGUUAUGGAGGUUUCCUUAUUUCUGAAAUUUACAAGAA